UGUCCCCGACUUGCGUCUGCGGCGGGUGCUGCUGAGUGCGGACGACGAGGUGAAUGUGGCGGUGUUCAACGCCUUCCCGGCGGAAGGAAUGGCGUACGGCACCAAGGAGGGCCGAUUGCGGCUCAUGCGAUACGACAGGUUGGUUGGAUGCGGCCCCCGCUCCGCAGUGCCGUACCCUUCGUGGCCCUCCCCCACCCUUCUUCCCUUUCCCCGGGGCAAUGAGAUGGCAGCACUGGGGGGAAGAGGCUGUCCUCUGGACGCUGAAGCUGCAAAGAGCAAGUUGCCACCUAUCGAUACCAGCAACCCGAACCGCUGUGACGUGACGGCCCUAGACAAGUUUGCGGACACGCGUGCGGCCUUUUCUCAGGAAUCCAGCGGCGGCAACAUGGUGGAGGCGAUUGUUGACGUGCGCGAGUGCAACUUUUCCGGAAAAGACCUGUCCGGCAAGGUGAUGAGCGGAGUGAUUCUGGAGCGAGCCGAUUUCACCGGGGCCAAGUUUGUUGGAAGCCAGUUCGCUCGCGCCAAUGCCCGGUCAGCCCGGCUAGCCGGUGCGGACUUCACGGACACGAACCUGUACUCCACGCAGUUCGACGGAGCGGACCUACAGGGCGCCAACUUUGAGAAUAGCAUCCUAACGGGCAGCACAUUUGGACGAGACGAAGCGGGAGUUUGGGCCAACCUCAAGGGAGCCCACUUCGAGGGCGCCCUCGUGUCCUCCUCGGAUAUCGGUCGGAUCUGUGAGAACCCCACCCUGGAGCUGUCUACCCGCAAGUACGAAUUGGGCUGCCGGUCAACGCGCUGA